CACAAAUCAAUUUAAUUGACAGACAAAGUACUCUGAAUUAGUUAGAACUUAUACUUUAGUAUCCAUAUGUCAGAUAACCAAGCAGAACAGCCCGAUUCUCAAGGAGGGCACACUUCAAACCAUGGGUCAACAGAUAACCAUGAACAGCUGGAUAAUAAAUCAUCAAAACAUCCAAAUAAUCCAAGAGUUGUUGGUAAUUCAUCACAGGACUUAGAAAGACAACCGUUAUUAUCACCAGAUGACCCAGGAGUAUCACCAUUAAAUGUAUCAAAUGUUAAGAUUUCAAAAUUCAUCCUUAAUGGGUUUGCAUUUUUAUCAACAAUAUGGUUUAUUUUAUUAUUAUUGAGUGAUUUUGUAUCAAUUCCUGGUUUAAACAAUAAAGGUCGUUCAUUUUUAGAAAUCAAUUUCAUAAUGAUAUCUAUCUAUGCUGCGUUGACUACAUUGUUGUUCUUUAAAAUACCUUCACAAUUUGAAAGAUUGUUGGGGUAUAUCACUGGUGGGAUCAUUGGAUUUAUUAUUCUUUUGUUAUUGAUAUUCCAACGGGAAGAAAUGGGAUUGAUUGGAUCACUAAGUGUAAUUUGGGCAUUUGUUACUAUAAUCUUCACCUCUUUUAGUGAAUAUUUAGUGGAACAGGGGAAAAUACAUGAAGAGAUUAGAUUGACUGGACGUGUUGAAACAAGGAAAACAUUAAGUGAAUGGGUUAUCAUCUUUUUAAGAAAUAUUUUCAAAGUUUUCUUAUUGGUUUAUGUUGUAUUUAUCUCAUUGAAUGUGUUGUUACAUAUAUUUGAUGUCCUAAGAGUUAAACCAUGGGGUGAAAAAGUGUAUGUUGAAGAUGAUGGCUUUAGGUUACAUUUAUCUUGUUAUGGUGAUGUAUCAUCAAAUGGGUCCUCAUCUCAACCAAUUUUACUGCUGGAAUCUGGCCACAAUUCAAAUGAAGAUUUCAGUGAAUGGGUUGAAGAGCUUCAUCAUUUGAAUAAGGUUGAUAGAUAUUGUAUUUAUGAUCGCCCAGGCUAUGGAUUUUCAGACUCAUCCCCUUCCCCAGUCUCCAUAUCAAUAGUUAGUGAAUUAUUGGCAGAGGCAUUAAGAUCGAAAAAGAUUAAUGGGCCAUUCUUAUUAAUUGGUUAUGAUAUUGGUGGGUUAUACUCUACUGUUUUUGCAUCUCAUAACACAGCUCAAGUGCAAUCAAUGUUAUUAGUUGAUUCAUGGCAUGAAGAUCUAUUGUUAAAAGAUCCAAACUCUCGUGCAAAGAAGGAUGAAAAGUCAUUACCACCCGGUAUUGAUUCCAUGAGUUCAGGUGCUGGAUUUAAACUAUGGAUUCGUGGAUUAUUCUCACCAUUAGGUCUAAGUGCACAGAGUUCAUGGAUUUUCAAACAUCGUGGUUCAAAAGAUCGUAUAUAUGGACGUAAUAUGUACACACAGGGGAAAUAUCUAAGGGCUAGAUUACAAGAACAGAUAAGUGCUAGUAUAUUAUCAUAUAAUGAAGUUAUUAGUGCUAAAAGUUCUUUGGUUGAUAUCCCAAUAAGUGUUGUUAGUUCUGAUUUUGUUAUCAAGAAAUCAUUAAACUGGGGAAAUUGGCAAAGAGAAUUAACCAAGAUUAGUUCAGCAACUAAAGAAUGGAAGAUUGCAGAUGGUGGUCAUGAAAUAUGGAAGUCGCCAAAGGGAAGAGAUGAUUUACAAGAUGUGUUGUUGAGAAUGUUGGAAUAG